AUGGCGGCACCGGACAACGGAGCCAACCUCAGUCUGGAGGACCAGAACAAGGCCAACUUGUCGAACAUUCUGCAACACUUGCGCAAUGCGCGGCGUGAGGGCAACGUGGCCGACCAGGUGGCCAACUGCGGCUUUGCAGGCCGGCACCACCUCCGUAGAAACAAGCCGCGCGAAGCGCUACCAUACUUUGUAGAACAGCUGAGGCUGGCGGCGAGUCCGCUAGACACAGCCUGGGCUCACCGCGCCAUUGGCUCGACUUACGCUGCCCUGGGUGACUUUGACAAGGCGUACGCGAGCCACGAGUCGGACGCGGCUGCGGCCGCGGGCCUCGAGCCCGUCUUUGACGACCCGGGCACCGGCGAGCCGUCGUGUCGCGAGCUGGAAGAGUUCCGUGCCGCGGUUGCCAUGGGCAAGUCGGCACAAGCGCAGUACGACGCAGCCGAGACCGCCGCUGAAACUAGGGCCGCGUCGGCCCGUGCUCUCGCUGCGUUUGAGGCCGCGCUCACACUUGCUCGCUCUCUACCGGCGCCGGCGACGAUCCCGGCGGCUGAAAAGGCCAAGCACAUGAUCCGGGUCCUCGUCGAUCUGGCCAACGCGUAUGCAGAGGCCGGAAGAUAUGACGCUGGCAUCGCUGCUGCUGCCGAAGCUGUCGAGCUCUUUACCUCGCUUCCGCGGCGAGUCGACGACGGCGGCGAGUACUGCUCGCUCGGCUCCAUCACCUACUCGGCGUUUGGCUACGUCAACCGCGAACUGCGGCCGGAGCAAGCCAUCGUCGCGUACCAAAAGGCCCGUGAUCUCGCGAGCACGGUCGUUUUCACUCCACAGGGCAAGCGGAAGAAGGCCGAGGGCGCCUUGGCCAUCGCCGACAUCCACGCCUCGAUGGGCCAGUGCUACAUGGUGCUCCGAGACUACGCCUCGGCUGGCCGCGCCUUUAACGAGGAGCGCAAUGCUGCCGAGCGCGUUUACCGCAAGGACCUCGGCCAUCCGCGGGUCACCGUCGCUCGCGACAACUACGCCGCCGUCCAGACCGCCCGUGACUACACUGAAGCCCUGCCGAAUCUCAAGGAGCGGGCCGCAGCCUCGGGUGCCAUCGCCGACAUCCUCGUCUACCUCAGCCAUCUGCUGUUUUUGGGCAUGCACGCCGACGCUCGUGACGCCGCUGCCCCGCUCGCCGAGCAGUACAUGGCGGCGCUGCCGGGCCCGCUUGCCCACGUCAGCCACGCAUCCGGAGCCGAGCUCCUGGACCUCUACGCUGCCGCACUCUCCAAGCUCGGCUUGCACAACGAGGUUGUCCGUGUGCGCAAGGCUGAGCUCACUGCUGCGCGCGCGCUUGACUCGAGCGACAGAGCCGUCGCGCUCGCCCUCUGUAACCUCGGCGUAGCCUACGACGACGCCGGAGCCAGUGUCGAGUUGACCGAGGACACCCACGUCCAGGCACUCAAUCUUGCGCUCCAAGCCGGUGAUCUCGAGCUCGCUGACAUGGUGUUCAACAAUCUGGAAGAGUUCUACUUUGCUGCAAACCCAAAUCACCCGCGGCUCGACUCGCUGCUGGCACGCCACAAGCAGGCUCUCGGCCUCGGCGUCCUCUCGCAGCCAGUGCCCGCCCUCGAUGAGCUCUGCCCUCCGCGCGAUCUCACGCCACCGCCGCCGCCGCAAGUGGAGGCACCGCGACCAAAGCGUCGCCGCCCGCCGCGCCGCGGACAGAUCACCACCGGCGGUCACACCAAUGUCAACGGUGUCAUCGCCGAGCUGGCCGACUCGGAGUCGUCGUCUGGCGAGGAACGACCAGCCAAGCGGGCUCGCACGCCGCAACAUAUCGCACCGCCAGCUGGCCACCUGCCACGCGGCCGCCAGUCGCCAAAGACUCGCAUCCGUAUCUCAACGUUCUCGCCGAGCUACGACUACCCCAUCCAUCAUGCUUACAGCGAUGACGACGGCGACGUUGCAAACUCAGACGUGGGGAACGGCGGCGAUGAUGAGCACCGAGUCGAGCCCACCGUUGGCGGUCAGUCGUCUCCUGCGGGACCUCGCCCGCCGCCGCCGCUGCGCGUCAAGAUCCAGUUUCCCGGCCCGAACCACACGCUCCUCCUUGCCUUUGACUCGCAAUCACCAGUCUCGAUCCGCGAGGCCAUGGAGCUCGCCGCCACUCGGUACCGCGCCAUCCACGGCCGGCUGCCGAUCAUAAGCGCGCUUUUCUUCGAGACUGCGCAGCUGUGGCCAGACGACGAGCUGCGACACGUAGUGCAAAUCGAACCACCGCCGCUUCUCUCCGCCCGCGUGGCCUCUUACACCGACGUCCCUCUCACCGAAGUGUAUAUGGGGGGCUCGAGUGAGGUAAGGGCCCGACUGCACGAGUGCGACAACGCCGGCGGCGCGCGUCUGGAUCUGAGCAAUCUCAACCUGGCCGAUGCACAAGUAAGCAGCAUGCUGCCUCUUCUCGCUCGUCGUGACUCGCUCACAGCACUCGAUCUCUCCGGCAACAUCCUCGGCGACGUGACGAUGACACGGUUGGCGCCAGUGGUGACAACGUUGCCUCGGCUGAGCGCGCUCAGCAUCUCCUCGAACGUUCUCGGUGCAAAGGGCCUUUCGGUCCUGUGCAAGGCGCUCAUGGCCGCAGAUGGGCCGCCGCUGGCGGCGCUUGACGUCAGCCACAACGCUGCAGCUGUGCGCGAUAGGCCGACAGUGAUGUCGCAGAUGGUACGGUCGCUCGGCUUUGCGCUCGGCGCGUCGGGCCAGUUGUCGGCCUCGCUCACGUCGCUCGACCUUUCCAACCUCUCGCUUACUCCUGACUUUUGGUCAGAGCUCGCAGAGCCGCUAGCCCGGCUACCAGCUCUCGUCAGUCUCGCCGCUGGCUUUAACGUCUUGGGUCUGGGCAACGCGCUCCAGACUCUUCUCGCUGCUGCAGCGGGCACCGAUUCGGGCCUGGCCGCACUCAACACGCUGCGGCUUCCAGGGUUGGCCCCGAGCUUCACCCCACCGUUUGGCAGGAGUGCCACCGACGCCGACGAGCGUGCCUUUGAGGAGCUCGGGUCAGGGCUCGAGCUCCCGCACACACUCCACACGCUCGACCUUGCCAGCAAUCGACUCGACGGGCGCGGGCUAGCCGCGCUUGCGCCGCUGCUGCAGCGUGCCGAGAGCGUGACAGCGCUUGACAUCUCGGGCAACGAGCUGUGCUCGCUUCCGGACCUCCUCGCCCGCCUCCCGCCCAACCUCAUCCGGCUCGACGUCCGCGACAAUCCGCUCGUCGCUGGAUCCGACGAGGUGGUGCACAGGACAAUGUUGGGCAUGGUGCUGAGCAGCAAGGCGUAUCCACAGACGAUUGUGGUCGACGCAGGCUGUGAACUCGUGACUGCCACGCAGCAGGCACUGCCGCAGGCGGAACGAUCCCGGAUUGUUGUAGCCGAGCUGUAGAUGGCUCCUGCUCACUGCAUGCGCAUGAUCUCAACAAUCGACUUGCGGAGAAGGCGGGUGGCCGGGAGUGCCGCG